AUGCAUAAACCAUCAACCGCCUGGGCUUUAGCCCUACUCACUUUUGUGACUGGCACCUUGGCCGAAGAUGCGUCGGCCAACUAUACCGAGCAACUGUUGAGCUCAGGCACGAUCAAGCUCGGAGAAUGGCAGGACGCCUACGAUAAGGCAGCAGCACUGGUGGCGACUCUGACUAACGAUGAAAAGAUUUCCAUCGUGGCUGGUAGUAGUGCAGGCAAUUGGUCCGGUCUGCACAACCUCGACUCGGCCACGAACCCUCUCACCUAUUUUUACGUCACGACGUGGCCCGCUGGCCUAGCGAUGGCUAUGACUUGGGAUACAGCAGCCGCCCAGGGUCAAGGCUAUGGCGUUGGCGAAGAGUUCAAGGGAAAGGGCAUCAACAUGGCAUACGGACCAACCUUGGAGCCCCUCGGUCGCUCAGCAUGGGGCGGUCGAUCUGGUGAGACGUACGGUGUUGACAGCUAUCAGGCCGGCAUCAUGGCCGGCUCAGUCGUCAAGGGGAUGUCGUCCGCCGGCGUCAUCGCCAACGCCAAGCACUUCAUUCUCAACGAACAAGAGACCAACCGAAUGGCUACCGGUGGUGGCAUGGGCGGUGGACAAGGCGGUCCUCCCGGCGGAGGAGGGAACGCCACACUCACAACCCGCCAAACACCCUCUACAGGCAAUACGACCAACGGCACGACUGCUUCGGGCGGUUCCGCCCCAUACAGCGUGACCAUUGGCGACAAAGCCUUUCACGAAACGUACUUGUGGCCGUUUUACGACACCAUAUACAACGGCAUGGGUGGUGCUAUGUGCGCCAUGAACAAGGUCAACAGCACCUUCUCUUGCGAGAGCCAAGACCUCCUCGCCAAGUACCUCAAGGUUGAGCUUGGAUUUCCAGGCCUUGUUUCUGCAGAUGUCAGUGCCCAGCAGACAGGUAUCAACGCUGCCAAUGCGGGCAUGGAUCUCUCUACCAGCUCGUACUGGUCCAACACCACGCUUGGAGCAGGUCUCGCCAACGGUAGCUUUACUACCGAAAGACUCGACGACAUGGUUAUCCGCAACAUGAUCGGCUACUUCCAUCUGGGCCAGGACGAUGGCUACCCCAGUCUCGCCGGCGCCACUGACCGCGUGGACAACCGCGGCAACCACAGUGUACUGGCAAGGCAGUACGCCGCCGAGUCAAUCGCCUUGCUCAAGAACACCAACGGAGCGCUCCCCUUGAUGAACAAGACCAGUGUAAGCAUCUUUGGAUACCACGCUGGCCCGCGAUAUGUCGGUGCCAAUACGGCUCUGGCUGUCUACGCUGGCGAGCCCUCGACUAUGCAGGGUCACAUGUCCGUGGUUGGAGGAUCCGCCAUGGGCUCGCUCGCCUACCUUACCACACCUCUGCAGCUCUUCAACCAGCGGGCCGCGAAGGAUGGCUUCAUGCUCCGCUGGUGGCUCAAUGACACCUCCGAGACAACGUCUAGCGGAAUGGUCGGCUCCGGCACGGAGCUCACUGAGACUACGACAGGCGUGGCUGAAAACUCCGAUGCUUGUGUUGUCUUCCUCAACGCAUGGGGCGGCGAGGGCGCUGACCGCUCAGAGCUGUACAACGCGGACCAGGAUACUCUCGUCCAAACUGUGGCUGGCGUGUGCAACAAUACCAUCGUUGUGAUCAACACCAUCGGUCCCCGCCUGGUAGACAACUGGAUUGAGCAUGAGAACGUUACGGGUGUCCUUUACGCAGGUGCGCUGGGACAGGAGUCUGGAAACGCAAUCGACGACGUCCUUUUUGGCGCCGUGAACCCUUCGGGCAGACUUGUGCACACAAUUGCCAAGAACGAGAGCGACUACAACCCGGAUACUAUCAUCAGCUCUACAGAGCUGGAUCUGGACUUCUCAGACGGCAACUACAUUGACUACAAGUACUUCGACUACUACAACAUCACGCCCCGGUACGAGUACGGAUACGGUCUAUCUUACACGACCUUCAAUUACUCAUCCACCGUCAAGGUUGACGCCACUGACAAGCUCACAAGUGGAUUCGCUGUAGGAGAGAGGUCCAUUGGCGGGCGAGAGGAUCUGUGGGACACUGUAGCCAUCGUAUCAACCACUAUUUCUAACACGGGUUCCGUGGUCGGGGCUGAGGUCGCCCAAUUGUAUAUCUCGUUCCCUGACGUGGCUGGAGAGCCCGUCAGGCAACUGCGUGGUUUCCAAAAGAUUACGGUUCAGCCUGGAGAAAGCGUUGAUGUGGCCUUCCCCCUGAGGCGGAGAGACCUGAGUGUCUGGGAUGUCGCCGGACAGGAGUGGAAGGUUGAGAGUGGAGAGUAUAAGCUGUAUGUUGGAGCUAGCAGCAGAGAUUUCCGGACACAGACAACUUUGACGGUUUCUUAA